GAAAUAGCGGAUGUAGCUUUUGAUGCAAAGGGUGAUCAUGAAUCAUUACCUUUAUAUAUGGCCAGAAAUAGAUGUUAUUCUACAUCUAUUUACAGGGUAAUGGGCUAUAAUAUCAUCCUAAUUAUCGAAAAUUAGAUGGAAGGGGUCUAGAUGGUAGAAAGUCGCAGCACCUGAAAACAAAACCAUGGAACUGGGAAGCGAGUUAGCUUCCGAGUUCCGACUCCACACUUUGCCUCUAUGCUCUGUUCUGCAAAAUUAGGCGUAUUCUGGCGUUACUUUUAUCUUGGUUCUCCAAGUCCAAGAAAAAGCACAAGGUGCCCUCGUAGCCAACCUGAUGUAGGCACGUGUCAAACGUCGAAGAAUGUUUCCCGCCUAUUCCGAAGCUGACAUGGCAUAGCAGCCAGUGCUGUGAUUAGCUACAAUGCCUCUCUACAUGCUUACAUUAAUUCCCAUUUCCCAGCACAUCCCUGCCACUGUGUCACAGGUGCACACACCAGUGACCAGACCGGGUUCUACCUAAGGUACCAUAUCCAACCUGCUGUUGCUUUUUGGCCAGUUUUUCCUUUUCUUGAUGUCCAAGUAGCUACAAAUUUAGGUUCUUUUUCAAGUUUUUCCUUUUGGGUGCCCAUAUAAUGGUCUAUUUGGUCCACUUGUUAAGGAAAUUUAAGGGCUUCUGGGUUGCUGAAACUAGGGUUAAAUUUGUGCCAGCAUUUCAGGUUUGGUUCUUUCCACUUGGUCCACUUCGGCGUUUGGGUUUUGUCUGUAUGUUUUUGGCUGUGUUGGGUGAAUUUAUUGCAAAUCCAAUUUUUGACCCUUCCAGAUUCUUCAUAUCCAAUUUGCUUUGGCAGCAGGUUUUAGCGUUAAUGUGGUUUUUGGUUGUAUGUACUUGAAUUUCUCUUUUUUUGUUUUUGGUAGCAAGUUUUAGCGUUAAUGUGGUUCUUGCCUGUAUAUAAUUGAAUUUCUCUACAAUUACUUUCUAGAGCUUUUUUUUUUUUUUUUUGUCCUGAGCUUUGAAUGGGUUAAUCUUUAUUAACUUUCCAUUUUCCACGUCGGGGAGAGCCUUAUUUAAGGACCCCUUCUCUAUGAAAUGGAACCAUGGUCUUCACUGGUAAGCUCUGUAAGCAAGUGGAGUUUCCCUGCACACAAUUCUAUAUUAUAGUUGGUAUAGCCUUUUUGCAAAUAUAAAUUCUUCCUCAAGUUUCCCCCAGGCAACAACGAGUUUCUUGAUUAUGCUCAGUAGUCAGUACUGAGAGCAGUGCGGUAGCCCCAAGGAUUUAUAUUUGAUCUGGUGCUUCAUUGUUUGGGUUUUCCUGACAAUCUUUUGUUCUAAAAAGGUUUGUGGUUUGUGCAUUCUGAAUUUUUGAUAUGACUAAGAGACGUUUGGUUAAGAUAGGGGAUAAGAAGGAAUCUGGGUCUGCAGCUCAAAAAUCAACCAGUGGUACAAACAAAUCAAAAGAUGCUUCUGUAGAUAAUGAGCUGAGGACUGGAGCUCUGAAGGAUGAAGAUAUGAGGAAGGUUGCUGUUGGUGGGGCUGAGGGGGAGGAAUCUUCUGUAAACGAGAGUGGUAGAUCCAAAGAUGUUCCUUUAGAUGAUGAUCUUAAAAUAGGGGCUCUGAGGAAUGAAGUAAUGAGGAAGGCUGCUAGUCGCAAGCCUGCAGAAAACUCUGCAGCCACAGCAGCCAAACAGGUCAGAAAAUCUAAUGAUGUUACUGUAGAUGAUGAUCUGACAAUGGGGGUUCUGAAGAAUGAUGUAAGAGGGGAGGUUGAUGUUGAUAAGUCUAUUGGAAAGAAAGUGGCAAAACAGAGCAACACACUGAAAGACAGUGAUGUAGAUAAUGAUCUAAAACUAGAGGUGCUGAAGGAUAAAGUUACGAGGGCAGUUUCUGGUGGUAAGUCCAUGGGAAAGAAGUCUGAAGCAAGAGAGAGUAAGGCCAGAGGUAAGGCCAAACUUGUUGAGGAAGAACAGGAUGCGGAGACAAACAUGAUGGAGGAGGGGUGUAAAAAGGGCACACCCAUGGAGGAGGGGAAUAAAGAGGACACACCCACUCCCGUGAGACGAAAGAGGGGAGCAGAUGGGGAAAUUGUGGAGGAGUUUUGGUUGUCUUUAGAGAGAAGUUCAUCCAGGCUACGCCCUAGAAAGGAGGCGCCUGCUUUCCGUUUGGUAGAUUUGGAGGAUGAUGACAACGACAGGAUCAUUGGCAAAAGAGUUAAGGUUUACUGGUCGGGGUCACGAAAAUGGUUUACUGGACGCAUCAAAGCUUUUGAUUAUGAAAAGAGGCUUCAUGAUAUUUUGUAUGAAGAUGGUGACCGUGAAGUGUUGGAUUUAAGGAAAGAGCGGUUUGAGCUUGAAAUUAUGCCUACUGAGUGUUUCAAGCUGAGAACCAAACCCAGUUACGAAAAGAAAGUGAAGGAUUUAGAUGGCGAGAAGGUCAGUGCAGAAACUUUGCAGGAGGAUAUUGAGAUGGUGGAUGCUGAGAAAGGGGCAAAGGAAUCAGAGCCAGAGAAAAAAACUGAUUCAGAUAUAUCUGUGAAAGAAAAGACAGAUCCUGAAGUUAAGAAUGCAGAAGAACUGGUUGCAAAAAUGGGUAUUGAUGUGCCUCCAGAGAAAGCCAAGGAGAUGGUUAUUGAUGAGGCUCAUGAUGAUGACGAAAUUGACAAUAUAAAGAAUGCUGUCAUCGAUGUUAACAAGUCUGUGGAAGUUAAUUAUCAGGAGGAGGAUGGGAAUAUUAACUCUCUUGCAGAAGAAAAAGGCAGAAUGUCAGUUGAAGCCCAACAUAGCACACUGGAUUCCAAUGUGGAGAAGAAAGGAGAUGAUCAUUUAGAAAAGCAGAGUGAGAUUGUAGAGAACAGUGAAUCUGAAGACGCAAUAUGCAUGGACAGAAACUUGACCGGCCAGAAAGCUGGGAAAGCAAAGAAGGCCAAGGAUAACAAAAAGGCCUAAAGCACAACUCAAUAUGUUAGUUCAAACACAGUAAACAUCUGGUGAUUGAAGAUGAAGCUAGUCUUUUUUACUGCAAGAAUGUGUCAUCUCCAAGCUCCACUGGUGGCUUCAAUCUUCAUGGAACUCAGUGGCCUAAAAUGAGAAAAAUGCACCAAGUGCACAGUCAAGUUUCUCUUUUUUCUAUCCUUUUCCUUUUCUUUUAUUCACCUUUUUGCCUUUCCCCCCUUCUCUCCAAUCAGAAGAGCAGAAACUAUGUGAACUUUUGUUAUAAAGAACAUGUUGUAUGAACUAUAUAAGAAUUUCAUCCUUUGAUUAUAGAUAUAUUUCCUGCUUUAAUUUGGUGGUGAGCUCUUCUGCUUCUUUCAAACACAAAGGGUCUUCUAUGGAUAUGAACUAAA